GCAGUAAAGUAUCUUUCGCUCAGGGAAGUCAAAGGCAAAGAACGUUUUAUUUCAGAACUUAUACUUAGAUUUUUCAAGAAAAUUUGGUUAUAAUGGAUCCACCAAGUAAAAAAAGAAAACGAUCAGUGACGUGUGCGGUUUUGAAUUGUGCCAACAGCGAGUACAACCUUGAAGUUUGGAGAGAUAACAUCUGUGAUGUUCACAAUGUUAUCAGACGUUCUGAUGCAUGCUCAUGUAAAGAACCUUACAGCUUGUUCACCUUUCCUUCUAAAACCAAGAGAGCUGAUGCUCAUAAUAAAUGGAGGCAACUUAUUAAUCGUGCCAGCCCAAAAAAUCCAGCAAAAUUGAUGACAGCUAGACCCAAACAACGGGUUUGUUCCAAACAUUUUGUUGGAGGGGAACUAUCAUACGAGCAUCCUUAUCCAACUCUAUGUCUUGGUUAUGAAUCAGCUUCAAGGACUGAGAAGUUUGUACCCUCUGCAACACGUCGACGAAAGUUGUCAUACUCAACAUCGUCAUCAAAAAAACAAACAUCUAAAACGGAGAAAGUGGAUCCCAAUAUUGAAAGUCCUUGUAUUAGUAGCGUAGCAUCAAACAGUGACAUUAAUAUUGAUAUUCAAUCUUGUAUUUCUUCACCAUUACCAGAGUUAUUGUCACCUAAUAGUACAGUAUCAUCUAUGUUUUCACCCCCACAAGAGAUGAUUUCACCUAACCUUGUUUCACAUCAAGAUAAUGCAGAUUUUAUAGUUUCGGAUUCAACUAAGGAAAGAGAAUUACUUUUAAAUUCACUCUCUGAAAAUAUCUUGAAACUAAAGGCCAAAAACAAACUUUUAAAGAAAAAAAUCAAGUCACUUACCACAACAAAAAAUUUAUUUAAAAAUCAAUUCAAUAAACAAUCUGCCACCCUUAAUAUGUUACAUAAAUCUGUUAACAAUUGUUCAUGCAAGUUACCUUUAUAUAAAAGUCUAUUAAAAUCAGAUAAAAAAUGUGACUUUUACACUGGUAUUAUAACUCUCAAAUUAUUUGCACAUGACAUAAUAACACCUUUGGUUCGCAGAAGAUGGAGAGGUGUUAAAAAAACUUCAACUGGCAUAUUUCGUAAUUUUAAAAAAAUACCCAAGAGAUUUGGCCCUGCUCGAAAGUUAUGCAGCAAAGAUGAAUUUCUUUUAUUUUUAAUGAAACUGAGACUUGGUUUACUAAAUGAAGAUUUGGCAGACCGUUUUAGUAUUUCAGAAGGUUUAGUCAGUGGUAUUAUAGCAUCUUGGCUUAAAGCUUCUUCGUCUGUUUUAUCCAAUAUGGUUGAGGUUCCGGAAAAAGGCAAUAUCACAGCAACUUUACCAGAAAGAUUCAAAUCAAUGCCUGACAUUCAUUCUAUUUUAGAUGCUACUGAAGUUUUUAUUGAAACACCUAAGAACUUGGACUUACAACGGAGUACUUGGAGUCAAUAUAAACAUCAUAAUACUUUAAAAAUCUUAGUUUGUAUUGCACCAAACUCAUCGAUCAUUUUUUUAUCAAAGGCUUAUGGGGGAGCAAUAUCAGAUAAAGAGGUUACAAACAAAUGUGGUUAUCUUGAUCUUGUUCCUAGCUAUUCUCAAAUUAUGUAUGACAAGGGGUUUAAUUUAACAAAGGAAUGUGAAAGUCGUUUUAUCUCAAUUGCAGUACCUCCUGGUAAAAGAGGAAGUGCCCAAAUGACUCCUGCGGAAAUACGAAAAACAAAACGGAUUGCAAAUUUAAGAAUCCUCGUUGAACAGGUUAUUAGAAGACUCAAGUCAUUUCGUAUCUUAGGUUCAGAGUACCCAAUCAGUAUGAAUAAACUGUUCGAUGAUGUUGUUAUUGUGUGCGGAGCGUUAUGUAACCUUAGAAAAUCUAUUAUCUGAUUUAUAUAUGAAUAUAUUAUAUAUAUAUUUUUAUAAGGUAAUAUUUUUUAUAUAUUUACACUUCUAUUAAAAAAUUAUAUUAUUACUUGUGUACAUUUAAUACAUAGGAAAGAAUCAGAGUCCAAUGGAAUGUCUUCUUCAGUCCUUAUCUUAACACAACUAAAGUGAAACCAACCAUUACAUAAGUCACACAUUACACUGUUUUCAUCAAAUGAAUUUGGAAUAUCUGCAAUGCUCUUUGUACAAAUGCUACAAACAUAUAAGUCUUUUUUAGCUUGGCGUUUUUGUUUAAUUUUCUUUGUUUUUCCUUUAUCAUUUGUCUUUUUGAGUAUAUCCACUGGGCUUUGAUUGUUUAUGUCAUGUGUGUUUUCUUUGUUGUUUUCAGUGUGUGUUGGAUAUAUUUUCUGUAUUUUUUUAUUAUUUGGUGAGCCACUGUCAGUGUCAUAACAGUUUUCGUAUAUUAGUGCUGGUGCAAAAUGCUUGUACCAAAAUAAAUUUAAGCUUUGUAUAA